CGAUGCUCAGCCUCUGAGCCAUGCCAGCCAGGCUCACCUUGUGCUUUCUGAUGCCAAGUUCUGGACUCAAGAUUUCUCUUUGUAAAAUAUCACAUUAUUAGAUGUGUCCCAAUGUCCCUUAGUUUUUUAUGUCACCCCAAGUUACUCUCCCUCCAGCCUCAGGCAUAGUUUCAGCUCUGACAGCCUGGGUGCUUGUGGUUUCAUUACAAGCUCUUACAAGCCAAGGGCAGAGCCUUGUGGCACUCCACUAGAGACAUUCCAGGGAUACAGGUAUCGAUUGAUUUGCAUCCUUUGUGCAUCUGGCCCACAACUCUCCAUCUUUCCUAUAAGGGUCUCAUAAGUCACCUUGGUAAACAAUUCUAUUUGUUUGCACUUGUCUAUGGAAAAAAUUCAAGUGAUUCUGUUUUUUUGUUUGUUUUUUAAUCUGCAGAAUCUGACCAGAUGAGUUCUUAAUGAGCCCAUGAAGGGCUUCCAAUUCUUGCCUUCCUCUCCCGAAGAUUCACAUUCCACCCGUGACCAUUAAUUUCUGAUUUUCCCCACGGAUUGACAGAAAACUCAGCAGGUCUAGAAUGACACCCAUCCCCAUCACCAGCUACUCUUCUUUUCUUGAUCACUUUCCUUUCUUCUUUUGAUGCCCUUCCUGCCUUCUGCCCAGCAGGCUGAGGCCUGGCACCUGGGUGUUCCCAUUUAUUCAUUCCAAAGUUUCAAGGCCUCUUGAGGGAGGAGGGAGGAAAGGGCAAGGUGUGUGGGGGUGGGUUGUUGGAGAGGAGCUCUUGGUUCUGUUUACUCUCGUAGAAUCCAAGCUGACCUGAGUCACAGCCAGAGGGACAGGGCCUGACUCCACCCUCACCACCACCCCCGGGGGCCUUUUUCAGGGUGUGUCUGGUGGCUACUCCAGGAAACAUGGCCAAGUUUGCCCUGAAUCAGAACCUGCCUGACCUCGGAGUCUCUCGCCUGUGCCCCGGCUCGAUCGGGGGCGCCCGCAGCCCGAGGUCGCCCUACGUGGUGGAGACGCCCUAUGGCUUUCACUUGGACCUGGAUUUUCUUAAAUACGUGGAGGAGCUGGAGCGCGGCCCAGACACGCUCUUAGAGACCAGCCGACGCCUGGAGCUGGCGCAGGCGCAGGCGCACGAACGCGAGCGCAGCCCGCGAGGUUCCGGCCGCAGCAGCCCCGCGCCCAAUCCUGCCCCUGCCUCGCCAGGCCCGCUGCAACUGCAGCUGGUGCGUGAGCAAAUGGCCGUGGCUCUGCGGCGUCUGCGCGAGCUCGAGGACCAGGCGCGUGCGCUGCCGGAGCUGCAGGAGCAGGUGCGCGUGCUGCGUGAGGAGAAAGCGAGGUUGCUGGCUGUGCGUCGGCCUGAGACCCACGUGGAGGCCGAGGCGCGCCCAGACAAGCUCUUACAGCUGCGGCGGCUCACCGAACGCCUGGCGACUUCCGAGCGCGGCGUUCGCGCCAGGGCCAGCCCCCGGGCGGACGGCCCCGACGAGGAGGCUCUGAAGCGCAGCGAGGGCGCACUCCAGGUCCUCGACGGGGCGGCAGGGACCCCCGAUCGUGAGCCCCAGACGCGGGAGCCUGGAAUCCAGGCCGUGCUGGGGACCCAAGAUGCGGGAGCCCAGGCAGUGCCGGAGACCCGGGAGGCUAGCUUGCAGGCGGCCCCCAAGACCCUCGAGGCGGACGCGUGGGUGACAGAGGCGCUGCUGGGGCUGCCCGCGGCCGCUGAGCGCGAGCUGGAGCUGCUGCGCACCAGCCUGGAGCAUCAGUACGGGGUGAGCGAGCUCCUGCGGGACCGGCUGCGAGAGUUGGAGGGGGCCCGCGAGGUUGCGGAAGAGCAGGCAGCGACCCAGUCUCAGCCGCGCGAGGCUGCCACCCAGACCCCGUGGAUUUGUGUCGAGGCGGCCACGCAGACCGAGCCUCCCGUGGAGGCUCCUUCCCUGACGCAGACCCCGUCUAGAUUCACAGAUGGGGACAGGGCCAUGGCGCCCGCGGGCAUCCUCAAAUCCAUCAUGAAGAAGAGAGACGGAGUACCUGGCGUCCAACCCAGUCCUGGACCCAAGAGCCUGCAGUUUGUUGGGGUCCCCAACGGAGAGUACGAGAGCUCAUCCAGUGAGGAAGACAGUGACAGCGAGGAUGGUGCUGCUGAGCCCCCGAGGAGCAGCUCCUGUGGCUCCGGGGAGGACAGCGGCCAGGGAUCCGACUCCGGCACCCCCGGCUCUCCCAGCGGCGGGGUCGCCCUGGAACCUGAACCGGAGGCGGAGACGGAGCCUCAGCCGGGUGUGCAGGGGAGGUGCGAACUGAGCCCGCGAUUAAGGGAGGCGUGUGUAGCACUGCAGCGGCAGCUGAGCCAGCCCCGUGGAGUCGCCCACGACGGCGGUGCGGCGCGCCUGGUGGCCCUGGAGUGGUUUCGAGUGUCCAGCCAGCGACGUUCGCAGGCUGAGCCCGUAGCUGGUAUCUUGGGCGCUGUAGCGCGCCUAGGACCAGAGCUGCUGGCACACGUGGUGAACCUGGCGGAUGGAAACGGGAACACAGCCCUGCACUACAGCGUGUCCCAUGGAAACCUGGCCAUCUCCAGCUUGCUGCUGGAUACUGGGGUCUGCAAGGUUGACUGCCAGAAUCGAGCAGGCUACUCAGCCCUCAUGUUGGCUGCACUCACUUCCACUGGGCACCAGGACAUGAGUGUGGUCCAGAGACUCUUCCAAAUGGGCAAUGUCAAUGCCAAGGCCAGCCAGACAGGGCAGACAGCCCUCAUGCUGGCCAUCAGCCAUGGCCGACAGGACAUGGUAGCAGCCCUGCUGGCAUGUGGAGCAGAUGUCAAUGUGCAAGAUGUGGAUGGGGCCACAGCCCUGAUGUUUGCCAGUGAGUAUGGGCACCUGGAAACCGUCAAGUUGCUGCUGGCCCAGCCAGGCUGUGAUCCCGCCCUCCUGGAUAAUGAGGGCACCAGUGCCUUGGCCAUGGCCCUGGAGGCUGAACAGGAUGAGGUGGCUGCUCUGCUGCACGCGCACCUGAGCUCGGGCCAGCCUGGUCCCCUGAGCUAUGGGAAAGGAGGCAUGGAGGUCAAGCACCUCUUCCAGCCACCCCCUGACUCCCCCACGGCCAUGCCUGAUCCAAGAGGAAGCAGUGACAAUGGAGAGGAUCCCCAGUCUCAAUGA